AUGACUGCACCUCGUCCCGUUAAGCCGUUUGGCUUGUCGCAGGUGUAUGUUCCUCCCCAUGGCGACCCCACAGUGGAUCUUGUCUUUGUUCAUGGCCUCAACGGCCACCCCCAUGACUCUUGGACCAGCAAGACGACCAAGUGCUUCUGGCCUGUCGAUCUCUUGCCCGAUGUCCUCGCAUCUCAACGCCCACGCAUCUUGACCUAUGGCUACAACGCAGAUGUCACGGCCUUUACUGACGGUGCCUCUCGCGACUCGAUCGUCAGUCACGCAGAGACCUUAGCUUCAAAUCUCGCGGCCAAUCGCAAUCUCCGUGACUGCUCCGACCGACCGAUUAUUUUCAUCUGCCACUCGCUAGGUGGCCUUGUGGUCAAGCGUGCACUCAUCUAUUGCCGCAGCCUAUCAAACGAGCGGACCGAACACCUGCGCUCAGUUUACGUGUCAACCUUUGGCAUUCUCUUCUUGGGAACACCACAUAACGGAUCUGAUAUUGCAAAAUGGGGUCUAUUGUUGCACAACAUCUGCGCUGCGGUUCUCCCCAAGAAAUUCAUGGAGUCAUCCCCGCAGCUGGUCAAGGCGCUGCGCACGAAUAAUGAGACUCUGCAGCAUAUCAACAGUCUAUUUGCCGACAUACUCAGUCGCUUUCACAUCUACUUCUUCCAUGAGACUCGCUCAACCGACGUCCGAGGAACCAGAGAGAUCAUCGUUGACGAAGCCUCUGCAGCACCUUACAUCGAGGGUGUGGAGCGUAUGGGCAUAGAGGCAGAUCACAGUCAUAUGUGCAAGUUUGAUGAUGAAAACGCUGCAGGUUAUGAAGUGGUUGCCGAAGCCAUCUUACGAUACUCACGUCAGGCACCCGCGUUGAUCGGAGACCGCUGGGUGUCAGAGAGAACUACCCGCGCGAUGGAGAUGAAGGCCAAGGCCCGCGAAAUUUAUGACGGUCACUCCGUACCAGAACUCCCAUAUGCCCCUCGGCCUGCGACUGAAGGUCGCAGUUCCCCUGUAUCAGACAUGGGUGAUAGCGGCGUACUUUCAUUUUCGCACUACUCUCAUCGAGACCCACAGCUUUUUGUGGCACCUGCAGGUUUCCACCCCAAUGCCACGUUCUUUGGCAUGCAAAAAGAGCUAGAGGUACUACAUAGCCGCUUGUUCAAGGCCAAGGCGCGUGCAGAUCGAACCAUGGCUGUUCUCAUUUCUGGAGUGCCAGGAUCAGGCAAAACUCAUCUAGCGCGACAGUAUGUCUUUGCGCAGCGCGAGUGCUACCCGGGAGGUGUAUUCUGGAUUGAUGCCAAGUCUCGAGAGUCCUCGUACAAAUGUUUCUGGGAGAUCGCUCAAGCAGCCAGGCUGGUAGACCGACAAGACGCCGAAGACGCAGCGUAUCUAGAGGCCCGUACAUACGUGAAUGCCGUUCGAAACUGGCUUCAGACACGCCAUGAGUGGCUUUUGAUUUUUGAUGGCAUCACAUUUGAUCAUGACGUGGACAUUAAUGAGUUUCGAUCGUUUCUCCCCUGGCAAAAGAGGUGUAGCAUCAUCUACACCUCGAUUGACACCACCCUCCGGAAAAAACAACGGCUAUUCGAGCCAUACUGUCUGUCGAUUCGUCCACUGAAGAUUGAAGACGCCUGUAAACUCCUUUACAAAGACCUUGGCAUCAAAAAGCCCACCCAGGAGCAGGCUAUUCGGGCUGUGGAGAUUGUGGAGCACUACGAUUGCCUACCUUUAGCCAUUCAUGCUAUAGGGCAUCGGCUCAAUGCAACCGGCAAACCCAUUGAAAGAUAUCACGUUAAGCACCAGGUAACGGAUAAAAAACUAGCCGAACCAUUUCUCAGCAUCAUGAAUGAUCUCUACCGCUUGCAGCAUAACCAGGCUUUGAACCUCAUCAAUCUCCUCUCUUUCCUGGGUCAUCAAGUUCCAGUUGGUCUCCUCAAUUUUGGAAAACAUGCAAUGUCUGUGGAGAAUGCCGAGAUAUUGAGCAGUGCUCAGACCGGAGAGGAUCCUGAUCUUGAUACCACGCUGGGAACUUUAAUUCACUACGGCCUUAUUGAGCGGAUCUCGGAUUCAGAUCCAUUCUUUGUGCAGAAUAGCCCCGCACAGCAGUCUGGCGAGAUGCCUACAGAGGUUAAGCCUGUCCCUGAACUCUCCGAGUCUCUAACAGAAAGCAGCCAGGAGGGCUUCUUUUCUAUAUACCCUGGAGUCUCAGCUAUUGAUGUCGUCAAGAUCCAUAGUGUGGUGCAGGGAUUCUGCCGAGACGAGCUUCGAAUCAAGGACGAGGAAUACAAGGAUGCUAUGAGAAGAGAUGACCUUGGGUUCUACGACUCGUGGCUAGUUGUCGCCACUCGCUUCCUAUGCAAAUCUUGGGAGGCAGCCAAAGAGAGAAUGAGUCACUAUCAAGAUUGUGGACUGGUCCGUGAUUACCGGGAAUAUGAGACUCAUGCUUCGCGACUUGUAGAGCUAUUUCCCAAAAGACAGGAGUAUGGUGCGCACCCUGCGGUUCUUCGCGAAGCACGAGAAAGCUUGCGGCAACUAAGGAGGAGUCUCAGCAAGGAGAUUGAUCGAAUGUCGCCCAGCUCAUCCCAGGAAUGCGGAGGCAACCAGAGGUCUGUUUUUGAUCGCUCAAGCAGUUCAUCAUCGUCAUUUCCCGAGUCAUCCACGGAUGAGGGCAUUUCGCGCGAGUCGACGUGGGCUUUUACUGAUUCAGGAUCAGCUCGAACGGAAUCUCCUGAAGCAGUCGUUGCUCCUCCACGAUUCAAAUUGGAUUUAUUCCCUCCCCACAUAUUUCGACAAGCUGGCCAUGAGUCGGAAGAAGGGUACGAAACGGAUGGAGAAGCAAAGGAAGCGCCUCGAAUUUCUCCAGCGCUGUCACAGAUAAGCCAAGCUACUGAAAAGCCAAAACACUCUCCUUCCCCUUUGUCUUCCAGUCCUCCAAUACAACAAGACGAGAAUAAAAAUUGGCAGGUGGUUGAUCGCCAAUCAAAAGCACGUUCCACGAGGAUGAAGCAGGCAAAAAGGCGUCCUCGAGGUCCUCGUCGACUUCGUAGUACUAAACCAGCUACUCCUUUGGUCACGAUUUCAACCGUCCAGGGAAGAGGAUCAUCCAGUCGCAACUCUACGGAUGAAGGUAGCUCUACAAUCCUGGCAUCGGCCGCUGAACGAGCACUUGCAGCGGUCCGUCGUUCCAGCAAUGGCCAGGUAAUGGGCGAAAAUACAAAGCCCAAACCGAGUCCUCCACUGACAGAGAAUGGAAAUGGUGGGCCAUCUUAUUCGAAUGUUGUUGCUCAUCGUAUGCUUGAGGCUGAGUCAAGGCGCCCAGCAUCCAUACCUUCGCGGCGUGGAGCAGACCCAACCGGACUGCAAAUGAAGCCAUCUGUCGAAUCUCUAAAUGGAAUUCAUAUGUUUGCUUCACCACUCUCACAUGAGCUGGUGCCCCAGGAGCUGCUUGCAGGGCCUUUAAAUCGAUCAACAUACAGUGAUCCCGGCCGAGACUAUCUGAGCCAGCCACUGCGAGAGCUAGACUUACACACUGCACCUAAUUCCCUGUUCAACUCUCGGCGCGCAUCACUUGCAGCAUUUGAGCCCAUGCAGGACCUAUCUGCCAGUACCCCUUCACUGACUUCAUAUGGUCCGCUUCUUCCAUAUGAAAAUGACAUUACCAUUACAAGAUCAAGCCACCCAAAGCAACAACAAAGACCACCUGUCCCAAUUUACGUGCCCCAGGCUCAGUCUGCAUCGGUUGUUCACCCAUCUGCCGUAAUGCCUGGCGCCUUUCCUCUCUCCUUGCCUUCCGAUGCUCCUAUGUCGCAUUUCAACGAGCGCCCAGGAUCCGACACACUCUCACGUGGAUCUUCCGGAUAUUCAACACAGUCCUGGGCCACAGAACCAGUCCGCUACCCGCCACAUUUCUCCCCCAUGCCAAGCUACCAGGGCCAAAUUGAGAUCUCGCGGAGCGCAACACCCAUGAUCCACCCACAGCAACAAACACUCCGCGGACGAUCAAGCUGGACUGGCGAAGUCGAUAGUGCCAUUCAAUCCGAUCUACUGUAUCCCGCUCCAGCGGCCAACCACCGUCGAGUAGGCUCAGUGGACGAACGACUACAAGCGAUGAAACCCGAAUGGGAUCCAGAGAUGGAACCUGCACAAAUCCUUCAUCUUGGAGGACAUCGCGUUGAUGUGAGGGAUGCACGCCAACGGCUAUCGGAGUCUACUAGACUGCAGAUCCCGCGCCAUGUGCCGACGUACCAGCUUUAUCAUCCUAAUAUAUCCGGUCCGUUAAUUCAAGAAGGUGGACAUGUCUUUGCGCCUGCUCCACAGCUUGAAGUAUAUGGAAGGCGUGCAAGGAGUGGGAGCUCACCUGCGCGUCCGGACUUUGUUGGUUUGGGUGUGCGAUUUGCAUGA